AUGAAACUCUAUCCCAACGGGCACGCGGGUUUAAAUGGCUUCUUUAUGAUGUACCUUACGAAAUGGAAACGAGCGGCUGUUAUCCUCCUAUUUAUAUGGAUUGUUGUCACGUAUCUGGUCAUAUCGCCUCUGAGAUGCGAGGGCAGCACGGAGGAGGUGUCCGACUUCCAAGAGAGAUUAAAAACGGUCUCUCUACAGCUAGAGUCGCUGAAGCAACAGCACAGCAACCUCAUUUCGCAGAUAAAGAAGUCCUCGGGUGUAAACCUUAACGACAUAGAUACAUCAGCCUUCCUCCACAACGGGGGCGGGCCGUCCGAGGAAUACGAGAACCUCAGGCGGAGGGUGUACUCUAAUACCGAGGAAAUAUGGUUCUUUAUUAACCAUGAGCUCACCAAACUGAUCAAUGAAGACGUGCAGGCGGAGAAGAUUCAGUCCAUCUUGGAUCAAGUCGCGGAAAGGAAAAGAUCUUUACUAUCGGACCAAGAGAAGCUCCCGGAACUAGACGGCUACCAAGACUGGAGGCUGACUGAAGCCGCCAACGUGAGCGACCUCGUGCAGAGGAGACUCAAGUACUUGCAGAACCCUCCCGACUGCAAGGACGCGAGGAAGGUCAUAUGUAAUUUGAAUAAGGGAUGCGGUUUUGGGUGCCAGCUCCAUCACAUAGUGUACUGUUUAAUCUUCGCAUACGCCACAGAAAGGACGCUCAUAUUGAACUCCAAGGGGUGGAGGUACAACAACAAGGGGUGGGAGUACGUUUUCUACCCCAUAUCCGAUAGCUGCGUCUCGGUCUACGACGACAAAGUUGUGCAGUGGCCAGCAUCAUACGACGCGAAGGUAGUGUCUCUGCCUUUCAUCGACUCCAUCUCUCAGAAGCCCAAGUUCUUGCCGCUGGCCAUACCCUCGGACUUGGCUCACAGAAUAGUUCGUUUCAACGGCGACCCGGCGUCGUGGUGGAUCGGCCAGAUGCUGAAGUACAUACUGAAACCCAAGCCCGCCAUACAGAAGAGCAUCAACGAGACUAUCGCCAAGAUGAACUUUAAGAAUCCCAUCGUGGGCGUGCACAUCCGGCGCACGGACAAGGUGGGCACGGAGGCGGCCUUCCACCACAUCGACGAGUACAUGCGCCACGUGCACGAGUACUUCGCGCAGCUUGAGCUCACGCGCCACGUCGACGCGCGCCGCGUCUACCUCGCCACGGACGACGCCAGCGUGAUCGAUGACGCGCGCGCGCGCUACCCCGGCUACGUGUUCCUGGGCGACGCGCGCGUGGCGCAGGCGGCGGCCACGCAUCGCCGCUACACGCCGCUGUCGCUGGCCGGGCUGCUGCGCGACCUGCACCUGCUGGCGCGCUGCGACUUCCUCGUCUGCACCUUCAGCAGUCAGGUGGGGCGCGUCGCGUACGAGAUGAUGCAGAGCAACCGCGCGGACGCGGCGCGCAGUGUGCACUCGCUCGACGACAUCUACUACUUCGGCGGGCAGAACGCGCACGAGCGCCGCGCGCUGCUGCCGCACGCCGCCGCCGACGCGCACCAGAUCUCCGCGCAGGUUGGGGAUUUAAUAGGCAUUGCCGGCAACCAUUGGAACGGCUUUGGGCGCGGCACCAACAAACGCACUAAUUUGAACGGCCUGAUCCCGUGGUACAAGACGGCCGACCACCUCGUGCUCUACCCCUUCCCCGAGUACCGCGCCGCGCGCGACGCGCCG